AUGGCUCAAGACAACAAGGACAAGAGGCAGAGGACUAUUGUCAUUGGGGCAGGCCCAGUUGGGACCCUUGCUGCGUUGUAUGCAGCAAACCGUGGACACGAUGUCGAGGUCUAUGAAUUGAGGAGCGAUCUCCGAGAUCCUCAGACAGUUCCCCUCAACUUCACCAAAUCAAUCAACUUGGCGCUCUCAGAACGGGGUAUCAAUGCCAUAAGGCAAUCCGGUCCUUCUGCACUUCUAGAAAAAAUAUUCAACGACACCAUUCCUAUGGUAGGGCGUAUGAUCCAUGGCGAGAGCUCCACGGGAGAUUUGUAUGAGAAGUCACAGAAUUACGAUGUCCAUGGAAGAGCUAUAUACGCUGUUGAUCGAGGGGGUCUCAACAAAGCUCUGCUCGAUGAACUAGAUUCGAUGCCAAAUGUCAAGCUGGUAUUUAACCACAAAUUGACCGGGGCCGAUUUCCAGAAGCGCAAAGCCUGGUUUGAAAUUUCUGGAAAUCCUGGGACCGAUGGGCGUAAUCGGGAAGUAGAAGUCGACUUCGACCUGAUGAUUGGAGCUGAUGGUGCUCAUUCUGCGGCACGAUAUCACCUGAUGAAGUACACAAGGAUGGACUAUCAGCAAGAGUACAUUGAUACCCUGUGGUGCGAAUUCCAAAUACGGCCUAAGGAGUUACGUCCUGGCGAAGAUCCUGACGCUAGAUUCCGGAUAUCACCAAAUCAUUUGCACAUCUGGCCGGGAAAAGAUUUCAUGUUCAUUGCCAUACCCAGCUUUGAUGGCUCUUUUACUUGCACACUCUUCAUGCCGUCCGAGAAUUUCGUCACCCUCGAUGCAACUCCCAGCUCAGUGCCAUCCUUCUUCAACAAAUAUUUCCCCGGCGUAACUUCCUUGAUCUCACCGGCGGACCUAAUAUCUUCAUUCACCAACAACCCCCAUCUCCCAUUAAUAAGUAUCAAAUGCAACCCCUACCACUUCUCCGACUCCAUCGUCAUAGUAGGCGACGCUGCACACGCCAUGGUCCCCUUCUAUGGCCAGGGGAUGAAUGCCGGCCUUGAAGACAUCCGCAUUCUGUUUUCCUUCUUCGACAAAUAUCCUUCUAUCCUGCCAUCGGAUCGAAGCAAAGCACUCGCGGAGUACUCAGCGUUCCGGAAACCGGACGCUCAUGUAAUAAACGAUCUAGCACUACAUAACUACGUCGAGAUGCGUGCCUCAACCGUAUCGCCCACCUACGCAUUGCGGAAAUGGUUGGAGGAGAACCUCACGCUGUACGUUCCGAGUUUGGGAUGGCAGACGAAAUACUCCCGUGUGAGCUUUGGGAAUGAGAGAUAUAGCGAGGUGAUGAGGAAGAGCGAGAGGCAGGGAAGGUUGCUUGUCAUUGGCCUCGUGGGAUGCUUAACCAGUCCUGUGGUUUUCGGCGGGGCGCUGGUGUGGUGGAGGUGGAGGAAGGGGAAACUAUUGGAAUGGCCAGGGUGGUUGAGAAGCUGA